UCCCAGAGGGGUCAGGAAUGUUGGACCAUAAAGAUUACCAACUAGAACUAUACUGAGGUCAAGGUGUUGGACAUCUAGAGGGUUCCAGGAAUAGAGAGGGCAGCCCCAGGAAACGAGAUGAUUCCAGCCAGGAAACAGAGUGGGUGAGUGGGCACUGCCUGCCAAGGAGCCUGAGUGGUGUAAAUUUUGGAGACAAGGCUGCACCAGGCUCUCUGGCAGACCCAUCACCUAGAAGCCAUCCAGUCCAUUGGUCUGGUAAUGAUGGAGAUCUGAGUUUCUAUCUUUAAAUUGCCAGUUACUAGCUGUGCGCACAUGAUGCUAUUAUUCUGGUUAUGCUCCUCAGUGUGCUCAUCUAUAAAAUGAGGAUAAUACCCACUUUGCAGAGCUGCUCACUUGCCCAAGAACAUAAGGCUCCAUGGCUAUCCUGUUUGCUGGGGAUGUAUGCAACACAGAACUCAGCCCAUAGCAUGGAAUUCACAUCAGCCCAUACCCAAACUAUUCCAAAGAGAUGUCUGACUAGCCAAUGAAAUAAUUUAAAGGUACAAUUGCCACCAUUUUCAGUGAACUACCAGAGCCAAACCUACUUACUGCUCCCCUUUGGUUUACAAGUAAAAUGCUUCUCAGGUCUGGACAGAAGAAUAAGCCCACAGCCAGAAUGAAGGGGUACAGGGUAUCAGAGUCACAGCUGCUUAUCUCUAACCCCCAAAUCACACCAUGCAGGUUGAUCAUGUGGCUUCUGAUCUCAAGGAUGAGAGUGUGGGGUGGGUCUCUUAUAGUAACCACCCGAGGGCUCUUAAAAAAUACUCAGCGGAAGCAUGGACCACAUCACAGAGAAGCAGAAGCAGAGCAAGCUCCUCUCUGGAACAAAACGGCGCAACAUCUGUGCUGGGGUUCAUCAGAACAGACACGAUGGCAGAGUAUGAAGACUACAAAGAUAAUGGGUUCUUCAACACUUCUAAUGACAGUAGCCAGGACCAUAAAAAUUUCCUGCAGUUCAAGAAGAUCUUUCUGCCCUGCACGUACAUGGUGGUGUUCGUCGGUGGCCUAGUGGGCAACUCCCUGGUGCUGGUCAUAUCCAUCUUCUACCAGAAGCUGAAGAACCUGACAGACGUAUUCCUGGUGAACCUGCCCCUGGCGGACCUGGUGUUUGUGUGCACUCUGCCCUUCUGGGCCUAUGCCAGCAUGCAUGAGUGGAUCUUUGGCAACUUCAUGUGCAAGACCAUACUGGGCAUCUACACUAUGAACUUCUACACGUCCAUGCUCAUCCUCACCUGCAUUACUGUGGAUCGCUUCCUUGCAGUAGUUCAGGCCACCAAGGCCUACAACCAGCAGGCUAAGAGGAUGAUCAGGGGCAAGAUCAUCUGCUCACUCAUUUGGGUGAUCUCCCUGCUGGUUUCCUUGCCCCAGAUCAUCUAUGGCAAUGUCCCUUAUCUUGAUAAGGUCAUCUGUGGUUACCAUGAUGAUGGCAUUUCCUCUGUGGUUCUUGCUACCCAGAUGACACUGGGGUUCUUCCUGCCACUGCUCACCAUGAUUGUCUGCUACUCAGUCAUAAUCAAGACCCUGCUUCAUGCUCGAGGCUUCCAGAAGCACAGAUCUCUAAAGAUCAUCUUCCUAGUGGUGGCUGUGUUCCUGCUGACCCAGACACCUUUCAACCUCGUGAAGCUCAUCCGCAGCACAAGCUGGGAGUAUUAUGCUAUGACCAGUUAUCAUUAUGCUAUCACAGUAACGGAGGCCAUUGCAUACUUGCGGGCCUGCCUUAACCCAUUGCUCUACGCCUUUGUGGGCCUGAAGUUUAGGAAGAAUUUCUGGAAACUUGUGAAGGACAUUGGUUGCCUCCCUUAUCUUGGAGUCUCACAUCAGUGGAAAUCUUCCGAGGACACAUCUAAGACUUUUUCUGCCUCCCAAAAUGUGGAGGCCACCAACAUGUUCCAGCUGUAGGCCUUGCUGGGGCUUGGAGAAGCUGCUCUGGAAUUUAUAGGAGCCUGGCUGUGUCCUCCAGAGGUAAUGAGAAAGGCUUUGUUUAUAGCUUGUGCAUUCUCGUGAGGAAGUAAUCAAGUGCUCUGGCUGGUUUGAAAUGCUUCUUCUCAGACAUGAACAUCAUCUGCUCUCUUUUAGAACAUUCAGGCCUAAAGUUCAAAGGCGGGUAGGGUCUAAAAUUUUUAAGAGGGCUUGCUGAAACCAAGAGGAUGAUGUGUGGCUCUUAAGAUCUUAGGUUCUAAGAAAGCAUAGGAAAAACUCUUGAAAAUAUCGGCCCGGGGAAAGACUUUAUGAAGAAGAUCCAUGGCCAUUGCAACAACAAAAAUAAACAAAUGGGACUUAAUUAAACUGAAAAGCUUCUGUGAAGCUAUGGAGACAACAACCAAAGCAAACAGACAACCUACACAAUGGUAAAGGAUAUUUGCAUACUUUGAAUCAGACAAAAGCUUGAUCAAUUUAAUCCACAUGAAAAAAGCUAACAAUCCCAUAUAUCAAUGGGGAAGAGAGAUGAAUAGAACCUUCUCUGAAGAAGACAGAUGAAUGGCUAGCAAACAUAUGAAAAAGUGUUCAUCAUCCUUAAUUAUUAGAGAAAUGAAAAUCAAAGCUAUCCUGAGAUAACAUCUAAUCCCAGUGAGAAGGGCCCACAUCAUAAAAUCUCAAAACUGUAGAUGCUGGCAUGGAUGUGGAGAGAAGGGAACACUGUUACACUGCUGGUGGGACUGCAAACUAAUACAACCUUUUUGGAAGGAGGUAUGGAGAACCCUCAAAGAAUUCAAAUGAGACCUCCUAUUUGAUCCUGCAAUCCCAUUAUUAGGCAUCUACCCAGAAAGAAAAAAACCCUUUUACCAUAAGGACACUUGCACUAGACUGCUUACUGCAGCUCAAUUUAUAAUCGCUGAAAUAUGGAAACAGCCUAAAUGCUCAUCAACCCAGGAAUGGAUUAACAAACUGUGGUAUACGUACACCAUGGAAUAUAUUCAGCCAUUAAAAAAAAAAAAUGGAGACUUUACAUCCUUUGUAUUAACCUGGAUGGAAGUAGAACACAUUAUUCUUAGUAAAGCAUCACAAGAAUGGAAAAGCAUGAAUCCUAUGUACUUAAUUUUGAUAUGAGGAUAAUUAAUGACCUAGUACAUGGUGGGGGGGGUAGGGGAAGGGGAGAGCAGAAAGAGACAGAAGGAGGGAGGGGGUGGGGGAAAGGAACAGCAGAGAGAGGGAAGGAGGGAGUGGGGUAGGAGAUGGGAAGAGCAAAGAAAGGGAAGGGGGGAGGGGGCAGGGGUCUCGAUGUGUGACACACCUUUUGGGAGCAAGACACAAUUAUAUGAGGGACUUUACCUAACAAAUGCAAUCAGUGUAACCUGGUUUCUUAUACCCUCCAUGAAUCCCCAACAAUCAAAAAAAAUUAAAAAAAAUUAAGAUCUUAGGUUCUCCUUUAAUGGAACUGGAGCUGAAGGUUACAGAGGUGAGCAAACAAAGCUGCUGAUGGUCACUAGAGCCCCAAAUUUCAGAGGACUCUUGGAUUACCAGGCAAAAGUGGAGAUUAGAGCAGCCAUGAACACAAGUGCCGGCCUACACAGCUCAGAUCAACCACCAGGUACCUACCAGGAAGAGAGCAGACUCGGCCCCACUUUGGGGUUGAUGUUGUAUAGGCCAAUGCUCAGAUUCUCUUCGAUUAGCCCUUAACCCUGGAAGGACAAGAACUGGGGACUAUAAAUGGCCCCCACCAAAAAAAAAAAUUAAAGUAGGCUGAGAAUCUCAUGGUCCACGGAAUGCUGAAAAAUGUGCAAAAUAGAGUUUAAGACCAUCAUCUAAGCAGCAGUUUUGAAGCGGACUCUUUGGUUGUGUUGCUCAUUUAAAAAUGGAAUUAUCUAAUGCCUGCC